AAAUCAAACAAAAGCUGAUUUUAGACUUUUUCAAAUGUCAAAAGUGACAUCUCUGUAUACUUUGUGCUGUCGAUUUUAAACUACCGCCGACAUUUCUAUUGUCAGCCGCUACCACAAAGUAUACCCUGUGGCCGCUACCGACGUCAAUGUUCGUUGGCGCAGGGCUCUGCUAAUUACGAUCAAUUUUUAGCUCUGGUAACAUUGAUUACUAGUGGCAAUUUUAGUAAACAAACUUUCAAAUAUUAUAUUUAUUAACAAUAAAUAUGUCUAUACAUUUGAUUUGUUUGACCACAAAUGGAGGAUUGCCAAUUUUAACUCGUAAAAAAGGUAAUUGUGAGAAUUUACCAUUUUCUACGAUUGCUUCUUUGAAUGGAUUGCAUAUGUUCUUCAAAUCUUUGGGAGUUUCAUUGUACACUACUUAUGCUAGUAACUGGACUUAUGUGUGGCAGGAUUUCUUCAAUACAAUUACAGUUAUCGUUUGUUCCUGUGGCAUCAGUAGUUUUACGGCUGAAUUGUUGCCUGAACUUAUUUUUGGUGCCUUUUCAUUAUUUAUCAGCAAAGAUGAGAUGUCCCAUCCAUCCCUUUUAGAAAAACUGAAGAAGGAAUCUAAAAAUUACCUACGUCUUAUUGACGGUAUACUAGAUACGUGUGUAAGUCAGUUUUUAGGAUUUUCAAAUUGCUUGCUUUCUACCGAAAAUGCUCAGAUGUUACAAUUCUUGAAUGAAGAGUUUAGCACACAGUGCGGCUCAUUGUUUUGUUCUCUCGUUGUUGGCCAUAAAAUAGCUGUGGCAACCGAGGGCUGGUGGGACUUAGAUAUUAUCGAUAGACAGCUGUUGCUUUUAUUUCUACAAACUUCGAGUUCUUUACAAAAUGAUGUCGUUGUUUACUUGCCGAAAAAAAGUCCUAAUGUGGCAUACCGUUUCGUUACACUGUCUAUAUCAGCAAACAGUGCUUUAUGUGUAAUUUGUGGUGCUGAGCCUACAUUACGCAGCUUACAUGAGAUUUCAGAAAACACUUUUCGUGGAGAAUCAAACCUAAUACAUAGCAUGGAAAGAUCAAUACCAGGAGGUUUGCCAGAACAUAUUGGAUUGGAUUCAGGCAUUGUAGCUGUUAUUAUUGCCAAUAUAAUGACACGCAAAUGUGUAUUUUCAUCAAAUAUACAUCACAGUGCAUCUACAACACGUUAUCUCGGAGAUUUUCAUAAUAUGGAUGUAUUAAAAACCUUUUUUGAUGAUUCCUUUUCGAACGCCUUGUAUUUUAAGAGCAACACAACAACAAAUAAUAUUUGCGAAUUAAGCAGUCAAUAUUGGUCAUUGGAUACUCAUAAGUGUAUAUCACAUUUUGAUUUAAAUAAUAACAUAGUUUGUUUAUUAUUUAUUUCAUCUAUACCAAUGCACACUAUGAAGUAUAUUGGAGAACAAGUAUUUAACCAAAUAAUUCAGGACAAAAGCCUUUGUUGGUAAUCAGUGAUGUUUUUUCGGAUGUCUCUCCAUAUUGUCGUAUGAAUAUGCCAAAUUCAACUUAUUUAUAAUAACCAGGGAUACCAGGAAAAAUAUACCAUUAGGCGCAUUAAAUAUGAAUUUAAAAAACACAACAUAUGCUCUUAAAAUUAACAAAUACGAAUUUUUAGCCGGGUCUGGCUCACCAUAUGAUACCCUAAACAUCAUUACCAAAAUUACUAGUAACAUUCACACUUGUACAAAACUAAGUUGUGCUAGUUUUUGUAGAGAUACAUAAAAAAUACCAAUUGGCUCAGAAUCACUUUCGAUUUAGCUAUGUCCGUCUGUGUAGCGUGCGCACAUGUAAAGAUUGUGCGCACGCUACAGGUCGCAAUUUUAAGGAUAUUUAGAUGAUGAAAAAAUUAAAUGCUCCAAUAAUUAAAAAA